AUGCACCUACAAUUUUUGAAAAGAUUUCUUUGAUUGCAAAUGUCAACGCAUGUACAUACUAUAAAAGAUGUUAGUGGUAAUCCAAAAUAUAUACCAUGCAUAUAUAUAGUUUGGCACUUCCCAAUUAUUAUUUUCAAAGCUAAUAAAACAAGAUGAUUUCUCAUUCCUUCUUAUUAGCUAUGAUUGUGCUCCUUCUUCUUUUCCUUCUCCCACUUUUCUCCGUCUUUAAGAGAAACAAGAAAUCACAACCACAUUUACCCCUCCCUCCAAGUCCACCAACAAUACCAAUAAUUGGACAUCUUCAUCUCCUUAAACCACUUAUUCAUCAUGCCUUCCGCGACCUCUCUGAGCGAUAUGGACCUCUUAUAUCCCUUCGACUUGGCUCUGCUCGAUUUAUAGUUGUUAACACUCCAUCACUCGCCAAAGAGUUUCUCAAGACGCACGAGCUUGUGUAUUCCCAUCGUAAAAUGAACAUAGCCAUCAACAUGGUUGUCUAUGACGACGCCACUUUUGCAUUCGCCCCUUAUGGUUCAUAUUGGAAAUUUAUUAAAAAGCUCAGCACCACUGAGCUCUUGGGUAACCGAACCAUUGGGCAAUUCCUACCGAUUCGAACCCAAGAACUCGAUGAAUUCAUUCAAACAUUGACAAAUAAAUCUAAGGCCAGAGAAAGUUUGAACCUCACACAAGCUUUGUUGAAGCUUUCAAACAACAUAAUAUCACGAAUGAUGUUGAGCAUUGAAACCUCAGGGACAGACAACCAGGCAGAACAAGCUAGGGCUUUGGUUCGCGAGGUAACACAAAUUUUUGGAGAAUUUAAUGUUUCGGAUUUUAUAGGAUUUUUCAAGAACUUUGACUUGCAAGGUUUUAAAAAAAGGGCCUUGGACAUACACAAGAGGUAUGAUGCUUUGUUGGAGAAGAUAAUUUCCGAUCGGGAGGAAUCAAGAAGGAAAACCAAGGUAAUAGAGGAUGGUUCUCUAAAUGGAGAAGAGAGACUCAAAGAUUUUCUUGACAUUUUGCUUAAUGUCUUUGAGGAGAAAGACCUUGAAGUCAAUUUUACUAGAAGUCAUAUCAAAUCAUUGAUCUUGGAUUACUUCACAGCAGCUACCGACACUACUGCCAUCUCAGUCGAAUGGGCAAUAUCAGAACUGUUUAACAAUCCAAGGGUGUUGAAAAAAGCUCAAGAGGAGGUAGAGAGAGUUGUAGGAAAGGAAAGAUUAGUGUGUGAAGAAGACAGUCCAAACCUUCCUUAUAUACAUGCCAUCAUAAAAGAAACCAUGAGGCUUCACCCUCCGAUACCGAUGAUUAUGAGGAAAGGAAUGGAAGAUUGUGUUGUUGAUGGUAAAAUGGUUCCAAAAGGAUCAAUGGUUUGUGUGAACAUUUGGGCUAUGGGAAGAGACCAAAAGAUAUGGGAAAAUGCAUUAGAUUUUAAGCCAGAAAGGUUUUUAGAAAACAAAGAAGGAAACAAUAUAGAUAUGAAAGGGCAUCACUAUGAGUUGCUACCAUUUGGUUCUGGAAGGAGAGGCUGCCCUGGUAUGCCGUUGGCCAUGCGCCAAUUGCCCACCGUAGUCGGGGCUUUGGUGCAAUGCUUUGAGUGGAAAAUGCUUGACUCCGAAGGUAAAAUAUUAGAUCGAGGCAAAACAAUCGAUAUGGAUGAAAGACCUGGAUUGACCGCUCCUAGAGCCAAUGAUCUUAUUUGUAUUCCGAUUUCAAGAAUGAACCCAAAUACUUUUCUUCAGCUUUUGUAAAAGGGAAUUUGUGACAUUUUAGAGAUGGAACAAAGGUUAUGUCAGGCGGAAGGAUCUAUUCUCAUACCAUUAAUGUAGCAUCCUAGUAGGGAGAUGUGUCAAUAUGUAGUGUCUUGCAUUUUGUCGUAAAAAACUAUCUCCCAUGUAGAGAACCUAUGACAAAUAGAAGGAAAAAAUUAUGGAUGUAUAGUUCAAUUAAUA